AUGGAGCUGCCCAGAAAAACUUUGAAUGCCUUUGCCCUGCUGCAGCUAAUCCUGUGCCUGCUGCUCCUGCCCGGCUUCAGCUCCGCCCAACUGCAGCACCAGCAAACGUACUAUCAUCCCCAUCAUCCCCGAGCCCAGCUGUACUACGAGGCGCCACGACUGAGGCGCUACGAGUAUGCCCCGAGCGCCAGCUAUAUCUCUGGCUAUCCGGUGGCGCCCGCUCUGGCAGGACACUAUCAGCAGCAGCAGACGCCGAACUUCCAGCUGAUAAACUAUCGUCCCAGCUACCAGCCCAUGGCCCUGGAGUACCAGCAGCAGCAGCCGCCCCCCCUGCCAGUGCCUGCCCCGGUCCUGCCCUCGAUCUACCCUCAGCCGAGCGUCCAGUACCAGCAGCGAUCCAUUGCGCCGCACUCGGAGCUGUCCAAGUACCGUUACGAGGGGAAUUACCUGCCCGUCCAGCGAGUGGCAGCUCCACCUCCACCUCCACAGUUCCAGCAGCAGCAACAGCAGCAACUGCGUCGCGUGGAGGAGCCUCUGCAGCAGCUGUACAACGUGCCACCGGCUCUGUUCACCAGCGAUGUGUUGCACGUGAUUCCGCCAAGGCUAGCCAGGCUGCAGGAGCAGCAGCAGCAGCCCCAGACGGAACGUCCCAGACGCAAUGCUCAGGUGGAUGCAGAGGCGGCAGAGACCAGAACCCAGCAAAAGGAGGCACCACCCAUGAAGGAAACCAAGUAUUUUCACGAUAUUUUCAUGCGUUUCGAUGGACCCCAUUCGCGCUCCCACGGACAUGUCCUGAAGCAGCCCAAGGCCGAGGAGCGACGCUUCGAGAUGCAGCGUGGCACCAAUCGCUACAAGGGGGAGGUGAUUUGGACAGAUCGUCAGGGCAGUCAUGGCGAGCAUCGCUGGGACAUGGCCCAGGGAAAACUCUAAGCGAAAACGAUCUCUGAUGGAAUUUUUUUUUUUUUUUUUUGCCGAUUUCCAUACCACCCUCUCUGACCCGCUACGCUCUUCUUUCCCUGCUC